AUGACCCAAAUACUGGACAACCCCUAUUUCAUGAUAUUCCUAUCUUCCACCCUUGUCCUGUUUUGCGCCAUCGGCACUCUCGGUAAUAUUCUAGCAUUGAUCUGUGCUACAAAAAAUCCCGCUCUCCGGACGGUUGGAAACAAGUUCAUCCUCAACCUGGCGGUUUCAGACUUUUUCAUCUGCACAUGGACAAUGCCAACUGUUGCCCUCUGCGUGAUACGACGAGAGUGGACUCUUGGUGACCUAGCGUGUGAGAUCGGAGGGUUUAUUGACAACGUGAUGCUCACAGCCUCCGUUUGGACACUCGGAUUCUCCUCUCUCAACAGGUACUUCAAGAUCACCAAACCCUUCCAGUACGCCAGCUUCAUGAACCAAAGGAACAGCAAUCUUAUCAUUUCUGCAAUCUGGAUCAUUGCCAUUCUUACUGCUGGUCCUCCUCUUGUGGGCUGGAACUCUUACAAGUUCAACGGAUCCCUCAGCUGCGGUAUCCACACUAUAAACAUGACGAGUUUAGCAGGAAGGUAUUUUAUCUACCUGACAGCCAUGUACUUACCAGUACCACUAUGUCUUAUACUAUUCUCCUACACUCACAUCUUCCUGACAGCUAGACGCCAGAAAAAAGCCUCGAAAGCCCGGAAAAUGAACCACUUCGCCACGACCAGCAACCUCAAAGAAGAGCCCAACAGAAUCCCCGAGGAGAUGCCCGGAAGGUCUUCAGAGGACAUGCCCUCUGCUGAAGCUGUCUCCUACCCGAACCACACCGAGGAUAUGCUCCAAACGUCUUCUCAGCACGGGAGAAAGCCUCCUCCCCGACGGUCAGCACGGGCCUCAGGGAGACUGGACAGAACCACCAUUAUGAUAAUUGUUAUCAUCGGCAUGACCAUGAUCACACAGAUACCAGUCUGUUUUGUGUAUGGUAUCAACUAUUUCUUGUUCGGGGACGACUCCAAAUCACGGAUUCACUUGCCGGACUACAUAGACAUAUUACUUCACUGGCUCUUACUGCUGAACAGUGCCGCUGAUCCCGUCAUAUACGGACUGAUGAACCCUCCUUUCCGACGGGCUUAUCUCAAAUUCUUUAACAGUCUGAGGUAUAUUAUGACUAAGAGAACCCGGGAUAACACUGUUACCAGGAACGCAGAGUCUUACCUCUACAAAUAG